AGAAGAAUUCCUGCCGACGGUUUUUCCCGACGUCACAUGUGAACUUAUUUAUCGACGGCGCCUCAGGAUGUCCGAUUAAAGCUGCUCUGCCUCCUUCCGCAAACAACGCAGUCGAUUAAAGCAGGUUGUGUGUAAAAGGCUCGGUUCAGGGAUCAGGAAUGCUGCUCCGGUUGCUUCUCCCGGCUCUCCUGGGCCUGGCCGCCGGGCUGGUAACCCCAGAACCAGAACCAGAGCCCGAACCGGACCAGGGCAAGCACUGGGUUCUGAUCGUGGCCGGAUCCAACGGCUGGUACAACUACCGGCACCAGGCCGACGCCUGCCACGCCUACCAGAUCGUGCACAGGAACGGCAUCCCAGACGAGCAGAUCGUGGUCAUGAUGUACGAUGACUUGGCUGGAAAUGAGGAGAACCCGACGCCCGGCAUCGUGAUCAACCGGCCCAACGGCACCGACGUGUACAAGGGCGUCCCCAAGGACUACACCGGCGCCGACGUGACGCCCGAGAACUUCCUGGCCGUGCUGAAGGGCGACGCCUCCAAAGUCAGCGGGGGUUCUGGGAAGGUUCUGAAGAGCGGCCCCGACGAUCACGUGUUCGUGUACUUCACUGACCACGGAGCUCCCGGGAUCCUGGCCUUCCCCGACGACGAUCUCCACGUUGAUGACCUCCAGGCUGCCAUCAAAUCCAUGCAUGAGAACAAGAAGUACAAGAAGAUGGUGUUCUACAUCGAGGCGUGUGAGUCCGGCUCCAUGAUGAACCACCUGCCCGCGGACAUGGACGUUUACGCCACGACGGCGGCCAACUCCCACGAGUCGUCCUACGCCUGCUACUACGACGAGAAGAGGGACACCUACCUGGGCGACUGGUACAGCGUCAACUGGAUGGAGGACUCGGACAUGGAGGACCUGAGCAAGGAGACGCUGCUGAAGCAGUUCAAGAUCGUGAAGAGCCACACCAACACCAGCCACGUGCAGCAGUUCGGGAACAAGACGAUCGCCCACAUGAAGGUGGUGAACUUCCAGGGCGACCCGAAGACCUACCGCCCCCCCACUGCCGGGUCGGCCGGGUCAGCGCCGGUGCCGCCCGCCGGUCUGGACCUGAUGCCGAGCCCCGACGUGCCGCUGGCCAUCCUGAAGAGGAGGAUGAUGUCGACCAACGACCUGCGGGCCUCCAAGUCGCUGCUGCUGCAGAUCGACGGCCACCUCAAGGUCCGGGAGCUGAUGGCCGAGACGAUGCGCCUCGUGGUCCAGAAGGUGACGGGUAGCCGCUUUACGGCCCAGGAGGUUCUGGACCAGCGAGCAGAACUUUCUCAGCACCGCUGCUACAAGGACGCCGUCGGGUUCUUCAAGAGGAACUGCUUCAACUGGCACAAGACCGAGUACGAAUACGCCCUCAGACAUCUGUACGCUCUGGUGAACCUGUGUGAGAGGGGAUAUCCUGCCGAGAGGAUCCAGCAGGCCAUGAAGACGGCGUGUUCCCUCAGGAACUAAAAGCAAUCCCUUUAAAGUCUCCGUCUUCCGCCCGGGACGAGCCGGGAAGAGUGAGCUUCUCCUUUUGCUCGUCAGCCGAUCCGACGCGGCAACGACGCCUACGCUUUAUGAACACACUAUAACACUUAUUUUAAUUGAUUUUACUGAGAAUUUUUACACUUAUUUUUUGAUGAGUUGCACUGUCAUUGUGAAGAGUUUGUGGAUGCUGUUUUACUGCUUCUGAUUGUGUUUUUUAAGAGUAUAUGAUGAUUACAGAUGCUCCCAGCUGCUUGGGUGGGCCGUUUGAUUGGCAGGUGGAGGAUGUACCACUGAAAACUAAAUGUUUGUUUGAGCCUUGACAAACUUGAUUGUAAAGCUGAGAAAUAAAAUCUGAUAAAACAAAA